CCACACACCAGUCCGCUGAUACAAAAAAAACAUGGCGGAUGGUUCAGACUUCGAAGGUGUCAAUGCUUAUUGUGCUGUUUGUCGCCAGAAACAAAAUCACAUGAAGAUUUGUACGCGCUGUAGAGGAGUCUUAUAUUGUUCAAGAUCUUGUCAAAGCAUUCAUUGGCCAAAACACAAAGUGACGUGCAAGCCAACAGCAACAUGUAAAAACGACUCAAUUUGUGAUCAAGUUUCCAGAGAAUGUGGAGAGAUAAAAACUGGAAUUGGGAGUUAUUUUGCUGGUGAAACUCCUAAAACUUUACACAACAUUGGGCAGCAUGAAAAGACAAAUAAGAACUCCAUACCAGUGGUGGGCGCAAGACAAGAAGAUAGCAAUGACUUACAGCAAACGUCUGAUAAGAACUCCUUACCCAUAGAGGGUACGAGACAAGAAAAUAGCUAUGAUUUACAGCAUAGGUCUAAAAAUAAUCAUACUAAGAGUGGUGAACCCAAGCUAAAAAUCUUUAUCAAGCACAAUCACAAAAAACAUGAACUCAAUGUUGAAAAAAAUCAAAAUGUUUUUGAAGCUAUUUCAAGUCUUCUCCACAUUCCAGUAACAAAACUAAAGGUUAUUCACAAGGGAAGACUAGUUAAUAAUCUCAACAUCUGUGAUGUUUUUGUUGAUGGGACAUUAUUUCUUGCAUUUGGUGAAGUAACUGAAAGUGAGGAAGGUUUGGACCAGAACGAGAUUAAAAUGAUCAUGGACCAGUUAGAUGUAGAUAGGAAUGUGGCUGUGAAGGCGUUGCGCCACGAAGGCAAUGUUGUAGAUGCUAUUUUACAAGUAGGUAAUAAUAUUUGAUGAACAACAAUGAUGUAUUUGUUCAUUCUUUUAGAAAUUAAAAUAAAAAUAUUUAAACUAA